AUUUCAAAAAAUGGUGACUCGGCCUUUGAUGAGACUACUCCCUCUGAUAGUUUGCUGUCUUGGUUGCCAGAUAUCGCCGAAACUGCAGCUCUUAACAGUGGGCUACAUGUUAUCAAUCAAAGUCACUCACUUUCUUCGGACAUUUCAAAUGCAGACUCCGAUGGUUUUAAUUCAUUGAUGAAUCUUCUUGACGCCUGGCUCUUGAAACAGCCAAUUGGGCUUAGUGAGGCCUGUUCAGCUUACACAGUUGCACUCAGAGACGAGCAGGAGCGCAGUCGACCUAGAACGAAGGACCAGACGGGCACGAACCUAAGUCCCUGCAGCAAUUGGUCCUCCUCUGAACAAGCAGCGUCCACAAUUGUCGUACCACCUGAUGACUCUAAUGAAACAGCCUUGACGUUGUCUGGUGCAGGAGGCGGAAGUUCUGGGCUUGCCAAACGAAUGGAGCGUAGCCACAUCGCUGAACAAUUUCGACUGUUGCGCUCCUGCUUAAGGCAUUUGGAGCAAGCUAUGUAA